GCGCCGGGCGUCCCUGGGGCGCGGGGAGCGAGCGGGGCAACGCGCUGAGGCCGUGGCUGUCAGACAGCCAUGGCUGUCGCCUACCUGCUGGGAAACGGGUCCGCGCCGCUCCUCGCCGGAGCCCUGGAGGUCCCGCUCGCCGCCAACGCCUCCGCCUGCCGCCCGCCCUGCCCGGCCUGGGGCAACGCCUCGGCGGCGCUGGGCUGGAACCGCUCCGAGCCCUGCGGCGGCAAUGGCAAUGGCAGCGCGGGCGGCGGCGGGCCCUGCGCGCCCGCGGGCGGCGGCCCCUCCGUGGUCACCGCCAUCGCCAUCAUGGCCCUCUACUCCGUGGUCUGCGUCGUGGGGCUUUUCGGCAACUUCUUGGUCAUGUAUGUCAUCGUCAGGUACACGAAAAUGAAGACUGCCACCAACAUCUAUAUUUUCAAUCUUGCAUUGGCAGAUGCCCUAGCAACAAGUACUCUGCCAUUCCAGAGCGUGAAUUACUUGAUGGGAACCUGGCCAUUCGGUACCAUCCUCUGUAAGAUUGUUAUAUCCAUAGACUACUACAAUAUGUUCACCAGUAUCUUCACUCUCUGCACCAUGAGUGUGGAUCGCUACGUGGCUGUUUGCCACCCCGUUAAGGCCCUUGAUUUCCGCACCCCCCGAAAUGCCAAAAUUGUCAAUGUCUGCAACUGGAUUCUUUCCUCUGCCAUUGGCCUGCCAGUUAUGUUCAUGGCAACUACUAAAUACAGGCAUGGCUCAAUUGACUGCACCCUUACAUUCUCCCACCCUGCUUGGUACUGGGAGAACCUCCUGAAAAUCUGUGUGUUCAUCUUUGCCUUCAUCAUGCCGGUGCUGAUCAUUACGGUGUGUUACGGGCUGAUGAUUUUACGCCUGAAGAGCGUCCGCAUGUUGUCCGGCUCCAAAGAGAAGGACAGGAACCUGAGGAGAAUCACCAGGAUGGUUCUUGUGGUGGUGGCAGUGUUCAUUGUCUGCUGGACUCCCAUCCACAUUUACGUUAUCAUUAAAGCCCUGGUCAACAUCCCAGAAACUACUUUCCAGACUGUCUCCUGGCACUUCUGUAUUGCUCUAGGGUAUACAAAUAGCUGCCUUAAUCCGGUCCUUUAUGCGUUUCUAGAUGAGAAUUUCAAAAGGUGUUUCAGAGAGUUCUGCAUCCCCACCUCCUCAACCAUUGAGCAGCAAAACUCCACCCGAGUCCGACAAAACACUCGCGACCAUGCUUCCACUGCCAACACUGUGGAUAGGACUAACCACCAGUUGGAACUUCAAGAAGCUGAAACUACUCCACUGCCGUGACAGGGUCUCCUGCUGCAUGGCUCUCAGAGCAGUUGCCACUGCCACAGUGUGCUAGUGGGAACAUGUAGGAUUUGCUUUCCCUCAAAAAAUAAAAUACCACAGAGGAAAGUGCCUGCUUUUCCAGUCUGUCAAAAAUUGCUUCUGCAGCACAUCUGCAUUGCACUUAACAGAAGCAUGAAAUGUAACAGCGAGCAGAGCCAGGAGAUGUGGGGGCCUUUCCAGAAUCCAGUGCUCAAAGCAUUCCUGUUUACCAGGAGCACAUACAUUAGUCUAAAACAAAGCUACUGUGCCUGUAGCAACCUGACAUGCUCUUGGUAAGUUACAGUGGUGUUAAAACAGGUUGGAAACAAAAACUCAAAGGCUAGACAACCAUAGUUUGAAAAAUAAGGUGAGCUUUUGAGGAUGGAAAAUAAUGGGAUAUGAAGUUGUAAUAAUGUUGGGUACACUCUAUUUACUCUUAAAAUUUAUUUGUAGAGGUGUUUUCUGUGCAGGUUAUUUACGUGCUGAAGUCUCAUGAGGUCAUGUAGAACAACACAUUUUUAGUUCAAGAGGUCUUCUCUUGCAAGGGUUGCAUGUUUUGCAGUUUCAAAGGAAAAUUUUUUUUCAGUGAUCCCUUAAAAAAUAAAAAAAAAUAAACAAAAAAAAAACAAAAAAAAAAGCAAACCAAAACAACCAAAACAAGAUUUAAAAAACCCCAAAAAAGCCUCCAAGCUUCAUCUUCUCCUUCUAUUUCGCAUAAAUUAAAAAAAAAAAAACACUUUAAAGUCAAAACAAUGAGCUAUCACUUUUUCUAAAAGAUAGGAGUAAACGGAAAUACUCUACAUUGUUAUUGAUUCUCAAAUGAUCCCCAAAAUAGCAUAGAUUAACAUAAAUUUCUUUGGGAAUAAAACUGCAGCUGUAAGCCUGUCACAGCUUGCACAGGCUGAUGAUGUCUUCUCUUUCAAGUAGUUUCUCAAAUUUCAGCUGCUCUGUCAGCAGCAUUUUCACUUUGUAAGUAAACAACAGCCCUUAUGUGAAGUACUUGGAGCAGUUAAUGCAUUAGACCUUUUUUAAAAAAGAAAUUUUAAAACCAAUUUUAAAAUAGACAUCUACUUUUUCUUAACCAAACCCACAGUAUGUUUGCUUUUCUAAUUAACAUGAUACAGUCUGCAUCUGCAUUUUGUAUUAGCUGCUAAAACACAUUAAGAUUUCAGGAAGAAACAAUGUGCUGCAGCAAAUGCCUUCUUAGCUGUUUUCUAUUAUGAAGAUUAGAAAUAUCCAUGUAGAUAACUUGUGGUUCAAUGGUAUUUUCUAGACAUUGUUUGUUACUUGCUCUGUAAAUAAAUCAUCAGUAGUUAACUGGAGGAAAAUUGUACUUUGAUGAAUUUAAAUGUAUUCUGAAAUACAACUAUAUGAAACAGGGGUUUUUUUUGUUUGUUUGUUUGUUUCAUUCUGCAGCCAAAAUAUAUUUCUUAUUUUCAUUGUUAAAGUCUGUGUAAAUAUAAGGUUAUAAUGUGAAAUUGUUUGUUUCUGCCAUAGACUGCAUAAUAAAGAUUGAAGACCAAAUCCUUGCAAGUUGUAAAUUAAAGGAUUAUUUGAGUUUCAUCACUGUGUUGCAGCUAAAUAUGUAGCCUAUAUAUCAGCAGAAUAUGAAGCUAGAUAUAACAGAAGUGCCUUAAUUUUUUUCUCUUUCUGUUGAAAAUUCAACUGUGUGGUCAUAUGAAUUUAUGUUUAAUUUUGUGUUAGUUUAGCUGUAUCACCUCAUAGCCAUCAUUAAAGUUUAAACCAGAGUCAUCACCAUUCUAAGGGGUUUUGCAUCUAAUUUUUAAACAACAUAGGAUAGGCACUUAGAAUAAGUCAAUACCUUGUUUUGCACCACACAGCAGUAUUAUUUAAAUAACAAAAUCAGCAUAGAAUUCACUAGAUUUAAAUGCAGUAACAUCCUAUGACAUCAUUUCUACCUGAUGGAUUCAGAGCAGUCUGACAUGCUCACAUACAACAAUCAAAAAAUUUUAAAAAAUUGAAUGAAUAUUUGAAAAGUCUAAACUGAUAGACCAAAAACGUGUUUAAGUAAACUUCAGAGCAUAGUUUUGUGGGCAGUCAAAAGUUCAGCUUUCACAAAAUUUACAUAAUUAAUUGAAACCAUUAUUUCUUCUUUACUUUGCAUGAAGCACAGGCAAAAUACUGUGACUUGCCAGCAGAUAGCCAAAUAUUUUUAAGGACAUUUUCUGUUUCUGCAAUCCAAAAAUUGAGAAACCUGACUGUAAAUAUAUUUAGCAGUAAUAAUGUUGUACCCUUGAUGGCUUAAGGAUAUGAGGAAGUAAAUUUUAUUAGCAGAGCACUGGCAAAAAGUAAGAAAAAUGUCUUUUUUUCCAUAAGGCUUGAAUGUUCAUUGGUAGUGCUUUGCAGUAGGUAGCAUAUUAUUACACAACUUCUGUAUCUGCAUUGUAAACCUUUAA